UCGUUGUCAAUGCAUCAUAUACUUCCAAAAUAAUCUCAUUUCCUUCAGCCACUAGUCCGGCCAAGUUCCUGCCACCACCAGGACGGCGUUGCAGCCAAGUCUCCUUCGUCUAUUUAGGAGCAGAGUCAAUAAUUUAGUCAGUGUAUCCAAACUAUGGAUCACUUCCUGGAACAAAUCCCAAAUUUCAACGUUAUCCCAUAUUCCCCCCAAAUGGCCCCUACGGGCUUCACCGAAAAUGGGUCAGCCACUUUUUUGUCUUCGGGCAACCCUUGUCUAGAUUUCUUUUUCCAUGUAGUGCCAGACACACCCCGUGAAACUCUCCAUGAACUUUUGAAACUAUCUUGGGACCAUGAUUCUUUGACAACCUUAAAAUUGGUGGGAAAUUUGAGGGGUGUUAGAGGCACUGGCAAGUCCGAUAAAGAGAAUUUCUACAAAGCUGCACUUUGGUUGCAUCAAUACCAUCCCAAGACAUUGGCGUUCAAUAUAGGGACAUUCGCAGAGUUUGGAUACUUUAAGGAUCUUCUUGAGAUACUUUAUAGGCUUCUUGAAGGGCCUGAGAUUCGACUAAACAAGAAGAUGGAGUGGAUAGAGAAGAAAAGGCAAAAGAAUAGAGCGAGGAGACUUUAUUAUCUUCAGAAAAAUGAGGAGAAAGAAGAGGAUUCGGCCGAGGUGGAGAAGAAGAAGAAGUUGAGAGCUAACGUGCCGAGAGAGGAAAGAAUCAAGGCAAAUAUGAAGAAAGUGAAGGAGGAAAGGGAGAAAGCAAGAGAAUUGAGAAAAUUGAAAGUGUUCAACAUGUCAAAAAAGGCCUCCGAAAAGUAUGAUCAAGAUGCAAAUUACAGAUUUUUGCAUGAUCAGAUUUCAACCCUUUUUGCGCAGUUACUGAAAUCUGAUAUUGAUUUCUUGAACUCUGGUGAGAUUAGAAGUUUAAGUCUUGCAGCAAAAUGGUGUCCCACUAUUGAUUCAUCAUACGAUAAGGCCAUUUUGAUGUGCAAAAGCAUAGGUGAAAAAAUCUUUCCCCGUGAAUCUACAGCGGAAUAUGAAGGCCUCGGUGAAGAUCAAUAUGCUUAUAAGGUGAAAAACAGGCUGAGAAAAGAAGUGCUUGUGCCAUUGCAUCAGGCUUUAAAAUUGCCUGAGGUGUAUAUGAGUGCAAAGCAGUGGGAACUGAUUCCUUACACUCGGGUUGCAUCUGUUGCUAUGAGGAAUUACACUGAUAUUUUCUUACAUCGUGACAACAGAAGAUUCAGGGAAUAUCUUGAGAAUGUGAAGGUAGGGAAUGCGAAAAUUACAGCAGGAGCAUUGUUACCUCAUGAAAUAAUUGCCAAGUUGAAAGGUAGUAGUGGAGCAGCCAUAGUUGCUGAUCUUCAAUGGAAAAGAAUGGUUGAUGACUUGUUAAAAAACGGGAAAUUAACAAAUUGCCUUGCAAUUUGUGAUGUUUCGGGCAGUAUGUCUGGGACACCAAUGGAGGUGGCAGUUGCGCUUGGACUACUAGUCUCUGAACUUUGCGAACAACCCUGGAAAGGCCAUGUGAUCACCUUUAGUGCAUAUCCAGAGCUUCACUUAAUUAGCGGGGGCAAUCUUAGGUCGAAAACACAGUUCAUUAGAGAAAUGGAUGCCGGUAUGAAUACUGAUUUUCAAAAGGCAUUUGACAAGAUUUUGGAGUUGGCAGUUAAAGAAAACUUGCCGGAAGAGAAGAUGAUUAAAAGGGUUUUUGUCUUUAGUGAUAUGGAGUUCGAUGUGGCCUCUGUGAGUCCAUGGGAGACGGAUUAUAUGGUGAUACAGAGAAAAUUCCGGGAAAAAGGAUACAGAAGUGUGCCUGAGAUUGUAUUUUGGAACCUUAGGGACUCAUCUGCUACUCCUGUUACAGCUACACAGAAUGGGGUGGCUCUUGUUAGUGGAUUUUCCAAGAAUCUGUUAACACUUUUCUUGGAGGAAGGUGGGAAUAUUAAAACAGAAGAUGUUAGGAAUUUGUCGGGUGAAGAUGUGAAGGCGGAAUCAUCAAAUCCAGAAACUGUAAUGGAAUCUGCUAUAUCUGGUGAAUUGUAUCAGAAACUCGUCGUUCAUGAUUGAUGUAUGAAAAAUUGAUUAAUUUUAAAUUCAAAAACAUGUUAUCUUC